UUCUGGAUGAAGAAGUUCUGGCCCAGAGGAGACGGUUCUGGAGUUAUUUCAGGAAUGUGGAGUUCUAAUGAUAGGCGGGCUGUGGUUUCCUCCACAGAGAUGGAGUAACAGCAGAACCAGAACCAGAACUCGGACCCAGACUGUAAAUCAGCCUGUUGUUAUUGUUGCUGCUGGGCGGGUCGCUGUAGGAGGGGGGCAGAACCGGUGGGUCACAUGACCACAGCCCACUUCCUGCCAAACACACAAUAAGACACCAGGACCUGCAGACCCACUCAGAAACCUCCAGAACCACCAUCCAUCUGAAGCUUCAGGACCGACCCGUUUGGACCAGCAUGUGGAUGUUUGUGAUCUUCAUCAGCCUGCUGGAUCAGAACCAGGCAGCUCCUCUACCAGAACACCAUGGAGCAUUCCAGAAGGUUCUGCAGGAUCAGCUGGCCCAAACCGCAGUCACUGGCACGCCUCCUGUCCCCCAGCAGAAGACAUCGUCCUCAUCUUCCUCCUCCUCCUCUUCCUCUUCAUCUUCCUCUUCAGACUCCUCAGAGUCCAGUCAGCAGCCCAUGAUGUUCCAACCGCUGAAGGACCGACAGCAGCUGGAGAACACGGCAGUGGAGCAGGUGGACUCACUGGAGAGCUCAGAGCUCCUGCUGCCUCCCAGUAACACCAGCAGCACCAGUCUGAGAGACGGAGGACCUGCUGAGGGCCCAGAAGGUCAACAUGAGGUCAUGCUGCAGACUUUGCACCACCUCCUGAGUCCAAACACAGAAACUCCUCAAAUCAACAAAGUGGGCGGAGACUUAACUGAAGGGGGUGUAUCUGAUGAGGAGGUGGGCGGGGCCACUCAGAGAUUAACAGCAGGAGAUGACAGCGGGGCCCAGGAGGAGAGGAAGAACCAGCUUCAACAUCUGUCAGACGACAGCAUGGAGAGAGAAGAUGGCAUGACCUUUCACCUUCCAGGUUUCCAUGGUAACGAAGCAGAGUUGGAGCUGGCCCUAUAACAGAGACCACGCCCCCGGCUGUGACCCGUCAUAUUUUCUAUUUAACAUGUUAUUAACUGAGCUAACAUCCCUACUGUAUUGCUAACAUGUGUCAAUAAUCUGGUUUAAUAAAAACAUUUCAGCUUAAUAACAGGAAA